UAUUUCCUGGUUCGCCGGCGGCCAUCUUGGGUGGAAGCGAUAGCUGAGUGGCGGCGGCUGCUGAUUGUGUUCUGAGGGGUCGGAGUCGGGGAAGACGUUUGCUUUACCGGAACAGCCGAUCUCAUUCCUUUCUUUCGAUUACCCGUGGCGCGGAGAAUCAGGGCGGCAGCUGCAGCAGCAAGGGCGGCGGUGGCGGCGGCGGCAGCUGCAGUGACAUGUCCAGCAUGAAUCCCGAAUAUGAUUAUUUAUUCAAGUUACUUCUGAUUGGUGACUCUGGGGUUGGAAAGUCUUGCCUCCUCCUUAGGUUUGCAGAUGAUACAUAUACAGAAAGCUACAUCAGCACAAUUGGUGUGGAUUUCAAAAUAAGAACUAUAGAAUUAGAUGGCAAAACAAUCAAGCUUCAAAUAUGGGACACAGCAGGCCAAGAAAGAUUUCGAACAAUCACCUCCAGCUAUUACAGAGGAGCCCAUGGCAUCAUAGUAGUGUAUGAUGUGACAGAUCAGGAGUCGUUCAAUAAUGUUAAACAGUGGCUUCAAGAAAUAGACCGUUAUGCCAGUGAGAACGUCAACAAGUUGUUGGUAGGGAACAAGUGUGAUCUGACCACAAAGAAAGUAGUAGACUACACAACAGCAAAGGAAUUUGCUGAUUCCCUUGGAAUCCCAUUUUUGGAAACCAGUGCUAAGAAUGCAACGAAUGUAGAACAGUCUUUCAUGACGAUGGCGGCAGAGAUUAAAAAGCGAAUGGGCCCUGGAGCAACAGCUGGCGGUGCAGAGAAGUCCAAUGUUAAAAUUCAGAGCACUCCAGUAAAGCAGUCAGGUGGAGGUUGCUGCUAAAAAUUGCCUCCAUCCUUUUCUCACAGCAAUGAAUUCACAAUCUGAACCCAAGUGAAAAAACAAAUUGCCUGAAUUGUACUGUAUGUAGCUGCACUACAACAGAUUCUUACCGUCUCCACAAAGGUCAGAGAUUGUAAAUGGUCAAUACUGACUUUUUUUUUAUUCCCUUGACUCAAGACAGCUAACUUCAUUUUCAGAACUGUUUUAAACCUUUGUGUGCUGGUUUAUAAAAUAAUGUGUGUAAUCCUUGUUGCUUUCCUGAUACCAGACUGUUUCCCGUGGUUGGUUAGAAUAUAUUUUGUUUUGAUGUUUAUAUUGGCAUGUUUAGAUGUCAGGUUUAGUCUUCUGAAGAUGAAGUUCAGCCAUUUUGUAUCAAACAGCACAACCAGUGUCUGUCACUUUCCAUGCAUAAAGUUUAGUGAGAUGUUAUAUGUAAGAUCUGAUUUGCUAGUUCUUCCUUGUAGAGUUAUAAAUGGAAAGAUUACACUAUCUGAUUAAUAGUUUCUUCAUACUCUGCAUAUAAUUUGUGGCUGCAGAUAUUGUAAUUUGUUGCACACUAUGUAACAAAACAACUGAAGAUAUGUUUAAUAAAUAUUGUACUUAUUGGAAGUAUAUCAAACUGUAUGGUGAUAAGUAUUGUUUUAAUUCUCAUGGUUAAAGGGAAAUAGAGCCUUGCAUUAUAAUCAAAACAACUAUUAUGUGUAAUCAGGGCACUGUAGAUGUACUGGAUGCAUAGCAUCCAGUAUUUGCUUUCUAGAUAAUAGACCUGAUAAAUGACCCAGAGAGCUUUCUGUGCUGUGUAGGGACUUACCCAACUACAGUGGUUUAAGGAACUCAUAUUAUAUGGAAAACAAGUUUAGCCUACUAUCUCUGAUCCUUCUUAAAUGAUUGGCUUCCCUAACAUUUCUUGAUCUGCAGAAGAGUUGGAGAACAGCACACCCUUCCUAACUGGCAAAUGGUCAGGUGAAUGUGUGCUGUUGUUUGUUCCAUGCUCUGAGUCAGAUGUCAACUAUUUCAUCCUUCACAGUUGUGUAUAACUCAUGUUGGCAGAGUUUUAACCAUUGAGGUAGAGAGCAGGAAACUUGAUUGCCCUAAAAAUUAACUGAAAACAUGAUUGCUAGAUGGGAAUGAUGAGAGAAAUAUAUUUACUUCAGUGAAAUUUUUGCAUGUGCAAAAAUUUUGUUAAGUAGGAACUUCAAAUCUAAGGUCUUUAUUUGUACUGUAGAACAGGACAUUUUGCUCACAUUAGCAUUUUAAGGGGUGGAGAUCAAAAUUUGUUUCCUUAGAUAUGUAGUAGCCAAAACUUUCUUCAGCAGGGGCUUAAGAUGUGGUUGUUGGCAACACAUCUUAUUGUUGGGGGGGGGGGGGUCUUUAGAUUAAG